AUGCAACGGUCGCCAUCUAGAAAAAGCUCUCGUUUGCAGACAGCAACGAGCCAAAAUUUGAAAAGUUCCACGCCUGCCGGAACAGAUAAUUCAGCAAAUGUUUCUCAAAUGCCGUCGAUACAAAAUGUCAGUUCUGUUGCCCUCGGAACGACAACAACCGUAACUAGUGCCUCUAUAAGUGCCCCUAGAGAACCGACACCUGCUGUAUCAACGCAAAACAUUUUCAGUUCAACAAGUGAAGAGCCCUUUAGUCUGCCGCCGUUAGUGCCCGGUCCUAAUGUGAGAACCCAGCCACCACAAACCAUAUCGUCUGAUAAUGAGAACCUGCAACGACAAAUUGAUAUCCUGCAAGCUCAAUUGGCAAACGCUCAACGUGCUUUAAGAGCAAAUCAAAAUUUAAAUACGCCGAAUGUUAUUGGACAUAAUGCGCCAGUCAUCCAAAGUAUUAGCAGCGGCCCUGAGAACAUGGUUGAUCGCCGGAAUCCAACGCCAUAUUCCUAUGUUAGUCAGUCAGACCAGUUGAUGACAUCUCAGCCUCUUAUUGUUUCCCCUGCUACAGUGCCCAUGCCAGUACAACGCAAACUUUACGAUCUGCCCGAAUUUUGUGGUACUCCCGAGGACUGGCCAAUGUUUUUGUCUGCCCUUGAACAUUCGACAGCGGCAUAUUCAUACAAUAAUUUUGAAAAUUGUUUGAGAUUGCAGAAGGCUUUGAAAGGUGAAGCCAGAGAGUGCGUGAAGUCAUUGCUCAUCCACCCAAAUAAUGUGCCAACAGUUAUAGAGCAAUUAAAGCUACAAUAUGGUCGCCCAGAGUUGCUUAUUCGAUGCCAAUUGCAACAGAUGAAGGAAGUUCAGCCCAUAGCAGAAAACGCGAUCGAUAAAUUGGUGCCGUAUUCCAUUAAGGUCAGAAAUUUAGCAGCAUUUUUGGAAUCUGCCAAUGGUUAUCAACAUUUGUCGAAUCCAACACUCAUGGAGGAGUUAGUACAGAAGCUGCCAAUGAGCAAACGUUUGGAUUGGGCCCAGUUUGCUUCAACUUUACGUCAGUUGCCGACUAUUUUGGAUUAUAGUACCUGGCUCCAGCGUGUUGCAAAUUUGGUAAGAAGUGUGCAAAUAAGCAGUUCAAGUGGCAAUAGAUCUAACAGUGAUCCAAAACGAAAAGUGGUUUUAUAUGCUUCUGAUGGCCCAGAACGUCAGUUAAAAUGUUUUUAUUGUGUUGGCCCACAUAAAAUUUUUGAUUGUAAGAAAUUUUUAGAAUUGAGUGUGCCUAAUAGAUGGAGUGAAGUGAAGAGAUUGAAGUUAUGUUUUUCGUGUCUCAGUGGUGGCCAUUCAAGUAAAGAUUGUCGUCGGUGUAAGCAGUGUCCAAUGGAAAAGUGCCAAAGAAAUCACAACAAAUUAUUGCAUGAAACUAAACCUAAUGAACCAAGUGAACGAUCCGUAAAUGUGCCGCCAACAGAGAGAGCUUCAACAGUCGAACCAUUGCUUAGUUGUGUUUCCAGUGCUAGUGAAAGAAGUGAUUUGUUGUUCAGAGUGCUCCCAGUGGUUCUUUAUGGACCAGUUUGUGCUAUUGAAACUUAUGCACUCCUAGAUGAAGGUUCUUCGGUCACGAUGAUGGAUAGCUCUUUAGUGAGACAGCUUGGACUGCAUGGUCGACAAAGUCAAUUGAAUUUGAGUUGGUAUGGUGGUAAAUCGGCACAAGAACCAGUUAUGGUGGUGGAUCUUCAUGUGAGCGGUGUUAAUAAGAAGAGGAAAUAUGCUUUGAAAAAUGUGUAUGGUGUCUCGAAUUUGAAGUUGCCUAGUCAGAGUUUUAAUGCGGAUUUAGUAAAGAAUCAUGGUGUGCCUUUAAACUCAUAUGAAUGUGUGGCUCCAAAGGUACUAAUUGGAUUGGACCAUUGCCAUUUAGGAUUGCCCGAUGAAAUAGUCCCUUUGGAAGAUGCUGGUCCAUAUGCUGCCAAUACUCCUCUUGGAUGGGUUGUUUUUGGAAACGUGAAAGGAGGUCGCCCUGGAACCCAAACAUGUUUGCUGACACAGUUGGAUAAUUUAAAUAAUUUGGUGGCAAAUUAUUUUGAAACUGAAAAUUUUGGUGUUAAGGCUCUACCAGUGAUUGAGUCAAGAGAUGAUUUACGUGCACGAGAGAUAUUAAGAAAUUCGACGAAGAGGGUUGCCGGAAGAUUUGAAUCCAGACUACUAUGGUGUAAUGAUGACGUAGUCCUGCCGGAUAGCUAUUCCAUGGCCCUUAAUAGAUUUUUUGGAAUGGAAAGAAAAAUGAAAAAUAAUCCUGAAUUUGGUGCGGCCUAUAAACAAAUAAUGAGUGAAUAUUUGCAGAAGCGGUAUGUACGCAAAUUAUCAUUGAGUGAAGUCGAUACGUUUCAUCCGAGAACAUGGUACUUGCCCCACUUUGGUGUCGUAAACCCUAAUAAGCCAGGGAAGAUUCGUAUGGUGUUCGAUGCAGCAGCAAAGGUGGAAGGUGUCUCGUUGAAUUCAAAGUUAUUGAAAGGCCCUCAGCAAUACAAACCGUUGCCAUCAGUUUUAUUUAAUUUUAGAAUCGGUUCCGUAGCUGUUUGUGGGGACAUAAAGGAAAUGUUUCAUCAAGUUGUUGUUGCUGAGGAAGACAGGUGUUCGCAGAGGUUCUUGUGGCGAGAUGAUGCUAGUGAUCCACCGGAAGUGUAUGAAAUGCUUGUAAUGACGUUUGGAGCUGCCUGUUCGCCCUGUAUUGCCCAUUAUGUGAAGGAAACAAAUGCAAUGGAGCAUCGAAAUCGUUUCCCUAGAGCCGUGAAGUCAAUUUUGGACCAUCAUUACGUAGAUGACUUUGUAGACAGUUUUGUAAAUCCGUCAAAAGCCAUUGAAAUAGCCAUACAAGUUCGUGAAAUACAUAAAGCUGCUGGUUUUGAAAUGCGUAAAUUUACAUCGAAUUCAUCGGAGGUGGUUGUGGCUCUAGAAGGGUGUUCAGAUCAUCAGGUUAGUUUCUCAGGUGGAUUAAAUGAGUUGGAGGGUUCAACUGAAAAGGUACUUGGCAUGUUUUGGGAUCCAAAGGACGACACGUUCAAAUUUGUUUUGAAAUUCCAUCGUGUGAAUUCUGACGUCAUCCUUGGUAAAAGGUGUCCCACAAAGCUCUGGAGACAUAGUGUACUUUGGGACGAGAUGUUGCCCGCGUCAUUACAAGCGAUGUGGAAUAAAUGGCGCCAAGAGUUAAGAAAUGUUGUCCAUGUAAAGGUUCCACGAUUUUAUUUUGGAAAUGGUUUGCCCUUGGAGUUAGAGCUGCAUGUUUUUGUUGAUGCCAGUGAAGAUGCCUUCGGUGCAGUUGGCUAUUGGAGAUAUACAACAUCUGAUGGACAAAUAGGAGUGUCGUUUAUAUCUGCCAAGUCGAAAUGUGCCCCAUUGAAAUGUAUGACUAUUCCCAGAUUAGAACUACAAGCCGCCGUUUUGGGGACCCGAUUGAUGGACACUAUAAUGAAGGAACAUGAACUCAAAGUUUCUCGUCGAAUCUGUUGGAGUGACUCUACAACCGUCAUUAGUUGGAUUGGUUCUGAAAGCAGGAGAUAUAAACCAUUUGUUGCCCAUCGAAUUGCCGAAAUACUUGAUUCGACACGCCCAACUGAUUGGAGAUGGUUGCCUACAGAUCUCAAUGUUGCCGAUGAUACUACAAGAGCUAAAAAUGAAGUUGAUUUUUCCAUUGAAACACGUUGGUUCCAAGGGCCACAAUUUUUGUAUGAAAACGAAGCUGACUGGCCGAAUAAGAAUUCUGAGAAAUCUGAUGAUUUGUGUGAAGAAGAACUACGCCCCAAAUUUGUUAUGCUGGUUAGUACAAAUUUAGUAAUUGAUUUUAAUCGUUUUUCUUCAUUUCUCAGGCUUAAACGAACAAUGGCUUGGGUUCUGAGAUUUAUCAAUCGCUGCCGAAAAUAUGAUAAAUGUAAUGGUUCGAGAUGCCUGUGUGCUGAAGAGUUAAGGGUUGCUGAAACUAGUCUGUGUCGUCUGUCCCAAGAAGAAUGUUUCGCCUUUGAAAUUAACGUUUUAAAAUCUGAUGGUUCUUUAAAAAAGGACAACGAGUUAUUUUCCCUUUCGCCUUAUUUUGAUGAAAAUAAUUUACUUCGAGUGAGCGGUCGUAUUGAUGCUGCGAGUUGGUUGCCUUUAGAUGCCAGGCACCCCAUUAUUUUGUCGUCCUGUCACCGCUUUACACAACUAUUUGUUGCCCAUGUGCAUAAUAAAAUGAGACAUCAAAAUUUUGAGGCUACCAUAGGCGAAAUAAGGAAAAGAUUCUGGAUUCCACGACUUCGAAAUCUGUUGAGUAAGACCACAUCAAAUUGCAACAUUUGUAAGAUUCGUCGUGCUGUUCCAGUAGCUCCUUUUAUGGGAUCGUUGCCAAGUGAUAGACUAACUCCAUAUGUCCGGCCAUUUACUUAUACUGGUGUUGACUAUUUUGGCCCAUUAAAUGUGACUGUUGGUAGACGCCAUGAAAAACGUUGGGUUGCCCUGUUUACGUGCCUUACAAUCAGAGCUGUACAUUUAGAAGUGGCCUAUGAUCUAUCUACUGAUUCGUGUAUUUUGGCUAUACGGAAUUUUAUAAAUCGUCGUGGCACCCCGUUGAAGAUUCGGAGUGAUAACGGAAAGAAUUUUGUUGGAGUUAACCAAGAAGCCCAGCGAUUUGAUGAAGUAUUUGAUCUGGUUAAAAUUGAAGAUGAGUUGUCCACAAGGGGCAUUGAAUGGCAGUUUAAUUGUCCACAUAAUCCUGCAGAAGGUGGAAUAUGGGAGCGAAUGGUUCAAUGUGUUAAAAAGGUUUUAAGAGUAACCCUAAAAGAAGUCGCCCCAAAAGAGCACACCUUGCAAAGUUUUUUAAUUGAAGCCGAAAACAUCGUGAACUCUCGCCCAUUGACUCACUUGCCUGUCAGUCCGGAAGACGAAGAACCAUUGACGCCUAAUCAUUUCUUGUUGGGUUCUGCAAAUACGGCUCAAACGCCAGAAGGUAUUGAAAUUACAAAGCCAGUGGUAUUGAAGAAGCAGUGGCGAAUUGCUCGACAGCUACGAGAUCAUUUUUGGAAAAGAUGGAUUGUGGAAUAUUUGCCCACACUUACAAGACGGUCCAAAUGGUGCGAACAUACGAAGCCUGUGGCCCCGGGAGAUCUUGUACUAAUUUGUGAUCCAGCUGUUUCCCGCCGAGAUUGGAAGAGAGGUCGUGUCGUAAAUGUGUUUCCUGGCAGUGAUGGUGUAAUCCGAAGAGCUGAUGUCCAAACAAGUAGUGGAAUACUUAAACGCCCAGUUUCCAAACUAGCAGUCCUUGAUUUGGAGUAGUGAAUCGUUGCCGAUCCACGGGGGUGGGAAUGUCGCCGAUGGCUCAUAUAUUUAUUUAUUUAAAUUUAUUACGAUUUUUAUUUUUAUUAAUUUUAAUUAUUUCGGUUUGUUUAUAUUUAUUGUUUGUGAGCUACCUUAAUGUUUACUUAAAUUGUCUUAUUUACCAAUUGUAUGAUCAUUGUUGUUUGGUUCAUUUGUCCGUUAGGAUUUUUUUAUAUUGUUUUGUAUUCCCUUUUGUUCAUAUUUGUUUACGAACUAAUCGCACUUUUUGUCCCUAAAUUAUACUGCAGUAUUUUCGUUCAGUUUAUUUAUUUGGAAAUGAACUGUUGUAAUAGUACAUAAACAAAAAGAAAUUUGUAGGCUCAGUAAUAACUGGCUUUAGAAUUAAAAUUUAGUUUGUUGGGGAUAAAGACUGCGGUAAGUCGCUUAAUAUAUUUAUAAGUUAUUUUUUGUAAUAAGUUCUUUUUUUAGAAAUAAACGGUUGCUCAAGUAUAUGCAUCAUUAAUUGUAAA